AUGACUCAAUACACUAAUUGUCCUUCACUCCGAGAUCUACGCCGAGAGCUCCGGGGGAAGGUCGGGGACGCGUUUAACAGCAUGAUAACCUUAUUGGGAGGAUCUGGAGAAAGGGGAACUGCUUCACGUGCUAAGACGGUGGAGGCUGUCUUGGACUUCGCUGAAGCGUCACAGCGAUUUCAAAGCCGCGCGCCAUGA